GUUGUGUGCAGAAGUGUUAUUUGGCAUGUUGCUAAUAUUAUUGUGCGUCGUGCUGGGGACAGCUUAUCUGUUCUUCAGAAACACCUUUUUGUACUGGAAAAGGAAGGGAUUUCCGCACUUGACGCCCUCGAUACCCUUCGGCAAUAUCGGUGACACUGUGAGACAGAAGUUGUCCCUCGGAAAUUGCCUCCAUGAGCUGUACAAACAAUCAACUGAGCCCUUCGUCGGGAUUUACCUCUUCUUCAGACCUGCCCUCCUUAUUCGCGAUGCUAAUCUCGCGAAGAGCAUCCUCUCGUCGGAUUUCGAGUACUUUUACGAUCGCGGAGUGCAUUGUGACGAAGAGAACGACCCUCUGUCCGCCACCAUGUUCGCUCUGUCCGGACAGAAGUGGAAGCAUAUGAGGUCCGUCCUCUCGCCAACCUUCACAUCCGGGAAACUGAAGAACAUGUUUCCCACCAUCAUGGAAACCGCGACACAACUCCAAAACUACAUAGAUCCUUUGGCGAAGGAGGGCAAGAUAAUAGAGAUGUUUGAAUUGUCCGUGAGAUACACGGUGGACAUCAUUGGAUCAGUGUUUUUCGGCAUCACUGUUGAUACGAUUAACAAUCCCGAGAAUAAAUUCCGAGAAAUCGGGAAAAUCGCUCAAGGAGACAACCUCUCAGUGGCACUUCGUUCAGUGGGACUUCUUCUGGUGCCAAAGCUCCUGGAGAUCUUUCGAGUGGGCAUUAUGCCGCCCUUCGUGGGGAAAUUCGUGAUAAAUCUCGUGAAAGACACGAUUGAGUAUCGCGAGAAAAACUCAGUCACGCGCAAUGAUUUCAUGCAACUACUGCUGCAACUGCGCAACACCGGCAAAGUCUCAGCCAGCGAUGAGACUUGGCAGACAAAAGCUGAGGAUGGUGGCAAGAAGAUGAUGUCCAUCGAGCAGUGCGCUGCUCAGGUCUUCCUGUUCUACAUUGCCGGAAGUGAAUCUUCUGCCAUGACCAUUUGCUUCUGUAUUCACGAACUCUGCCAUCAGCGAACGCUUCUCUUGGAAGCGCAGCGAGAAGUUGAUGACAUGCUGAGGCGCCACAAUGGGAAAGUCACUUAUGAUAACAUCCAAGAGUUGCCCUUCUUGGAUAAGUGCAUCAACGAGACGAUCAGGAAGUAUCCGGCUUUGCCAAUUCUCAACAGGGAGGCCACGAAGGACUAUCCAAUUCCAGGAACUGAUCGCAUCAUUGAGAAGGGCACACCAGUCAUCAUUUCCCUCUUUGGGCUGCACAUGGAUCCCAAGUAUUUCCCAGAGCCUGAAAAAUUCAAGCCCAGCCGCUUCGACAAAGGAAACAACGACUUCGUCUCGAAUGCUUUCUAUCCAUUUGGCGAUGGACCACGCAAUUGCAUUGCUCAGCGGAUGGGCAAGAUUGUGGUGAAGGUGGGAUUAGUGAUGCUGCUGUCCAAGUAUGAUUUCCACUGCACGGACUCGGAUCAUCCCCAUGAGCUCCAUUUCAAAACCACUACACUCAAUCUCAGCCUGAUGACUGAUGCUCAUCUGAAAGUAACCACCCGGAAAUCCGCCCAGCUGGCCGAAAACGGAAUCACUGCAGCGAAUGGCAAAAUAUGGCAUGGACACUGAUUGAAAUUUGCUCGUCCGCAUCAUUGUGAAUUCUGCAAAUUAUUCAGCACACAUGCCACUAUAUGGUGGCCAUGGAAACAUUAUAUGGUAAUAACCAGAAACUAUGCAUUUGCACACACGAUUUCCCAAACAUUUCCCAGCACUGUUUGUAUUUGGAAUGUGUUUUUUUCUGGCAACGAAUUUAUAGCUGAAAGAAGAAAUGAUAACUGUCUGUGUGUCACAAUAAUAAAUGAAAAUGAACACGAUAGAA